AUGUCCUGUCCAGCUGACAGUGAUAAUCUUCUCGGUCCGCGAGUGAACCUCUCCUGUCGGCCGUUUGAUUUCACACUUCUUUUCGAAGAUGCGCUUUUCACGGUCUUACCAACGGGCCUGUUUCUCCUGGCCGUGACAGCACGUCUCAGUGUCCUUGUUCGUGCUCCGGUGAAAGUGAACUCACAUCGGUUUGCGACGUGGAAGCUUGCUGUUCUCGGCUUGCUAUUACUUUUCCAUCUACUAUAUCUCGCAUUUCGCAUCCAGGAACCCCGUCUAUACACAAGCCUAGCAUUGGCUUCUAGCAUUCUGGAUGUCGUUGUUAUCAUGACAUCGCUCCUCCUGUCAUGGCUGGAAGAUCAACGCUCAAUACGGCCAUCGGACUUGAUGAUCAUUUAUUUUGCUGUCACAAGUAUUCUUUCACUCGCUCGGGCCCGCACUCUUUGGCUUCUAUCGGUGAAUACUACCAAAUCGGCUAUUUCGUGGACAUUGGUCUGUGUUGGCACGGCUGCUGUGCUGAGCAUCGAAUCUGUGCACAAGACUCAACGUUUGCGCAUGGCCUAUCGGCAGCCAAGUAAAGAAGUCACCGCGAGCUUCUGGGUCCGGAGCUUCUUUAUCUGGGUGAUCCCAUUGUUUCGCACUGGAUUCUCAACCAUCCUUUCGGUUCAUGAUAUGCCCAACGUUGACGAUGCGUUGACGGGGGCAGAGGCUGAAAAGAAGAUUCUAAAUGCAUGGGCUCGUGUCGAGCCAGGGUCUAAACAUCGCCUGCUACGAGCAGCUUGUCGUGCAUACUUCUUGCCAUUGAUUAGCGCCAUCGUCCCUAGACUUUGUCUCUCUGCGUUCAAGUUUUGUCAACCGUUCCUCAUCUCGGCCACCUUGAAUUUUGUGUCUUCGCCGUCGACCCCAGAGAAUAAGAUCUAUGGGCCUGCACUGGUGGGCGCGUAUGUGCUCACAUACCUAGGGAUGGCUAUCUCAAACGCAGUAUACUGGCGCCAAGCGUUCCGCCUCAACACCAUGUCUCGCGCAGGUCUUAUUCCUCUGAUAUACCGACAGACCACGAAGCUCCGCUCAGGUGACUUCAAAGACAAGCCCGCUAUAACCUUGAUGGGAACCGAUGUUGAGCGCAUUGUCUCUACGCUCCAUGCUCUGCACGAGGUAUGGGCCGCCCCGUUGGAAGUAGGUGUUGGGAUAUUUCUAUUGGAACGACAACUGGGGGUGGCUUGCUUGAUCCCAGCAGUUAUCUCACUUGUUGCUGUCAUUGCCACCGUCCCGAUUUCCCAAAAGUCCAACACAGCCAUCAGCCGAUGGAUUGAGCGGGUUCAAGCUAGACUGAGCGUGACAUCUAGCAUGUUGCAGGACAUGAAGUCUAUCAAAAUGCUGGGUCUGACCGAGAAGCUGUUCGAGUCUGUAUCCCAGUUGCGGCGAGUAGAGUUGCAAGUCUCUGAAAGAUUUCGGAGAUUGCUUGUCGGCCAGGUCAUUUUGUCAAACAUUCCUCUCACCAUGGCACCCUUUGCUACCUUCAGCAUCUUUACAAUCAUCUCCGCGGCCAAGGGCAGUGAGUCACUCUUGUCAACACGAGUGUUCACCUCCCUCUCUUUGAUCUCCCUGAUGACUGCGCCGUUGCUCAUUUUUGUUCAACUUCUCCCAUCUCUAUACCAGUCUAUUGCAUGUUUCGACCGCAUCGAGAUGUAUUGUACCAAAGUUCCUUUCGACUUGGCAGACGAGAAUGUGUCGACAGACUCCAUAGAGCUCUCUGACCCUCUCUCGAAUUUACCGCCAACCUCGCAGGAUUCAGUAGUAGAAUUCCACGAAGCCAGUUUUUCUUGGUCCCAGGAAACCUCCCCCGUCUUGCACCAUUUGGAAUUUGCAGUCAAGAGAAAGAUGAUUACGGCCGUCAUAGGACCUGUGGGAAGCGGCAAAUCAACGCUACUGGAAAGCGCACUCGGUGAAACUGUGUUGACAGAAGGAUCAAUGUCACAGUUCCAGACAACGGUCGCUUAUUGUCCUCAAACCGCGUGGAUCGUCAAUGACACGAUACGCCAAAAUAUCACAGGCCCGUCAUCAUUUGACCCAAAGUGGUAUAAGUUUGUCAUUUGGGCGUGUGCUUUGGAAAAUGACCUCGAAGACAUCCCUGGAGGAGAUCUUUCCAAGGCUGGCAGUUCUGGGGUAACGCUGAGCGGUGGUCAAAAGCAAAGAAUUUCCCUUGCCCGAGGCCUUUAUUCGCGUGCUCCAGUUUUGGUGCUAGAUGAUGUAUUCAGUGGACUGGAUAACAAGUCCAUAACUACUAUAACAUCUCGCCUCUUCGCAUCCGAUGGGCACUUCAAGGAUUCUGGAAGAACUGUUAUCCUUGCAACGCAUAACCAUCGAGUACUAGCAUACGCUGAUGAAAUCAUUGUGUUGGACGAUGGAAAGGUGACAAACAUCACGACGUACGACUGCAUUCGACAUAUUUUGCCCCAAGAAAGCAAUAUCGAAUCCAAUGAAGCUUCAUCGGACGAAAAAGUAUACAAUGUGAGCAAAUUGCAGAUUAAGAGUUCUGAUUCAAUUGUCCAAUUACCUGAGGCUGAAGAGAACGAUCGAGACAUGUCUCGCAGAGAUGGUACAUGGUCUGUUUAUGCAUAUUACCUCCAGUCCGCAGGCUGGAAGAUGAUUGUUAUUCUCGCAACUUCGGUUGUGCUCUUUGGAUUCUCAGAUAAAUUUACAAUCAUCUGGCUUCAGAGGUGGUCCGAUGCCAACGAGCAACACCCGAAUCAGAAACCGGGAUUGUAUCUCGGCGUAUAUGCUGGAUUGUUUGGAAUUUCUCUCGUGUCCCUUAUAGCUGCCUGCUGGGCGUUGUUUGUCCGCGUCAUCAAUAACACCGGCCUAAUGAUGCACGCUCAUCUGCUGAGAUCUACCUUGAAUGCCCCUUUUAGUUUCUUUCAAAAGGUCGAUGCUGGGCUGACAACAAAUCGAUUCAGCCAGGACAUGGAGCUCAUUGAUAUGACUCUCCCAAGUCAAGCAAUCAACACAUAUCUUGGUAGAUACAAUCUAGUGUUCAAAUACCCUCUCGUGCCUGAGCUGAUGGAAUUGAUAGGGGUUUCCAACUGCUGCGUCCAGCUUGUUAUUCUUUGCAUCAUGGGAAAAUAUCUGACAAUAACCGUCCCUGCCUUAGGUGUCAUUCUGUUUUUCGUGCAGAGAUACUACCUCCGUACCUCGCGACAAGUUCGUCUACUCGAUAUUGAGGCAAAGUCACCUUUGUUCACACAUUUCGUGGAGACCAUGCAAGGCAUAUCUGCCAUUCGAGCCAUGAAAUGGAAGGUGCCGUUCCAAAAACGGUUGGAAGAUGCACUCAACCGAUCACAAAAACCAUUCUAUAUGCUCUUCUGCAUCCAGCAGUGGCUGCAACUGGUCCUCGACUGUGUCGUUAUGGCUCUCGCGGUCAUCUUAGUUUCGCUGGUUGUUUCAUUGAAAAGCCAGUUUAGCCCGGGUUCCAUCGGUGUGGCCUUGAACCUGAUCUUAAGUUUCAAUACAGAUCUCAUGAUCUUGAUCAAGUCUUGGACUAUGCUUGAGACUUCUAUCGGGGCAGUCUCGCGUGUCCAAAGCUUUGUCAAGGACACACCAUCAGAGAUUGAGCCUGAAGGCACCAUGGCUGACCUCCCGCCUCAGUGGCCUGCUUACGGAGAAGUCAUAUUUCAAAAUACCAUGGCGAGGUAUAGCCCUGAUGCUCCCCCAAUCUUAAAUAACGCUCUCUCUCAAUCAAGCAAGGCGAGAAAGUCGCAAUAUGCGGUCCAUCAGGUAGUGGCAAGACAUCACUAA